AUGGCGCGCCUCAGUGGCCUCCCAUCUGAGCACCACCACGAGGGUCCCGGUGACGCUCCUCGACGCAAACGCGGCCGCCCGUCUAAGAACCAGACGACCGAAGACAUGACCUCCGUGGGCAAGCGAACCGCAUCGCCCUCUGCAGAGCUUUCACAGACGAAGCGCACCAAGCGCGUCCAGGCCGACGAGGACGAGGACCAGAUCGCCGAAGAGAUCCAGCAGUCCUUCUCGCGGUCCCAGCGCGGAGAGAACAUCGACAUCCAGGAGCAGAGCACCAGCACUACGACGCGCCGCCACAACCGCCGCCACUCUGAGCCUCCAGUCGCUGCCGACGACGAGGACGAUGAGCUCAUGUUCAACCGACCAGCCUCCACACAACCGCUACCCGGCCUGACACCCCAUCUCAAUCGCGUCGGUGCCUCCCGCAGCCGCUUCACCAACACCCGCCGCUCCCGCAUGUCCAUGCCAGCUCAGCUUCACAUUGAGCGCGUGGAUGAGGUCGACGAGAACAACGGCAACCGCGUCCAGUUCGCGCCCCUCACACAAGUCCUCGAUGGCCGCGCGCGUCGCCGCCUCCGUCGAAGCCAUCUGAGCCAGGAAGUAAACGACUUCGAAGACCACCAGAAGAAGGACAAGAAGAUGUUUUUGGAGUUACGUCGCCAGCUCAAGGCACAGGACGACAAGAUCAAGGACCUGGAAUACCGCCUCGAAGCCCGCCGACUUGGCGAGAUUGACCUCGAAGACGCAGACGCCAAUGAUCUGCAAGUGGAACUAGAUGAGGCCCGUCAACAGAUUGACGAGCUGCGUGCUUCUUCCUUGUAUAACGGUGACGACAAUGAGCCAGUUGACAUGUCCGACGACGAGGAUGGCCUGAUCAUGGUCAACCCCGACGAGCUGAACAUGUCGCAAGAUCUCGACUUGGAGCCGACACCCGCCGGCAAAUACACCUCCCGCGCGUUGGAGAUCUCCAGCCAGAUGACACUCGAGUCCUUACCAACCCUAUCGCAACUCAACCGCGACAGUCUGACUGAGGGCGAGGAUAUCAUAAUGGAUAAGAUCGAAGACGAGGCCAUCGAGCGCUACGAGCGGGAAUUGCAGCAGAUGAGCAAGGCCCUGGGUGAAUCUCAAGGUGCGCUGCGCUUGAUCACCAUCGAGCUUCAGAACCUUCGCUUCAUUGAGGCUGGUGCUCCUACGAGCGAAAUCCUGACCGACUUGCGCCAUGGCUUCGAGGACCUUCGCGCCGAAAUCGAGAAGUUCUUCCCCGGUACCACCGUUGGUCUUACCAACCAACAGCUUCUUCAGAAGGUUCCUACGCUCUUCAGCGGCCUCUUCUUUGAGCUCAAGCAGAAACUCACCCUAAUCAGCAGCUCCCAACGGUCUGAAGUGCUUAUCCGACGACAAUAUGAAGGUGUUCUGGACCUGCUUGGUGAAUCAGACGAGCGGGUGAAGCAGCUAGAGUCAGACGUCUUCACACUCGACAAGGCAAAUGAGGACAAGGCUCGCGUUAUCCUUGAUCUCGAGGAGCGCAACGCCGCCUUGGCGGAACUUUCUAACGAACAAGAGGGCGCACUCGCCGAUCAAGAUGCUGUGAUCGCUGGUCUGCGAGAGGAGAAUGAAGACAAGGACACCUCCCUAGCACGAUUACGCGAAGCCCUCGAGAAGUAUCGUGUGGACCUUGACAACGUCACCGCCGCUGCAACGGAAUUCGAGACGACCCACCACGAGACGAUCGCUCGCAUGGAACAGGAAUAUACCGAGCGCAUACAAGCUCUGGAGGCAAACCUCGAUGCCGAGCAGGAGGGUCGCGAUGCCGCGGAGGCUGAAGUCAAACAAAAGGAUACUUACAUCCAGGAGUUGGAGGACAGCAUCGCGCGCAUGGAGACCGAUGUCGACAACAUCACAACCGACAUGACGACGCUCAGGGAGCGUCUAGUUGCGCAGACUGCCGCCCGCGAGGCUGCGGAGGGCGAGCGUGAUGACCAGAUCGAACAGGUCUACCAGCACGCCAACACCAUUGAGAACCUUAACGAGGCCAUCGUUGAACUCAAGGAGCAGCUUGCCAACACCCGAGAGAAUCUGGGUUCUGAACGUGCUCAACGCGAGAAGACCGAAGCUGAUCUUGACGAGGCGAACGAGAAGAUUGAAGAUCUCACCGCCCGUCUCCACGACACUGGCCUCCAGGCUAACGAGCUGCGAUCCAAACUGUUCCAACUUCAGCAAGAGAAGGAGAACGCUCUCGCAGACCUUCAAGAAGACGCUGAUGAGCGUGAGCUCGACCUCAACAACCAGCUCAAUGCUGAGACUCAGCUUCGUCAGGCUAAGGAGAGUACCAUCAUCCAAUUGGAGCAGCAGAUCCUCGGGCUUGAAGGCGACAUCGCAACACUUGAGAACAAUCUGUCUGACAUGACAGAAGCUCGCGAUCAGCUCGAGCAGGAUCGUGAUAUCCAAGUUGCCAACCUUGCCGCUCAGCUCACUGACCUGCAGAACAAGUACGUCGCGCUAGAGAACUCCACCAACUCCACCAUCACCUCGCUCCAGGCCAACAUCACGGAUCUCAACAACCAGAUUCAACGGCAACAAGCUGAAAUCAACGAUCUCUUCGAUCAGGUCACUGAGAAGGAGCGCAUCUACCUUGAGGAUACGACCCUACUCAAGGGGAAGAUUGAUUCUCUUGAGGAGGAUCUCACUGUCCAGAGGGCUGAGAACGAGGGCUACCGCAAGGAGAACUUGUCACUUUCAAGGCGUGUUGAGUCCGAGGCCAAUGAGCUUCUGAACAUCGUCGACGCUCACGCCAACGAGGUCAACGCCCUCAAUGCUGUCAUCAAGACACAAGAGGCCACCAUCAAGAGCCUCCAAGACACAUCUGCGAAGCGUACCACGGAGUACGAAGAGAUGAUUGAGGAGCGUACAACUGAGCUCACAGAGAUGCGUCUCCUAGGUGAUGCUCGCCUCGAGACCAUCGUACUUCUUGAGGCUCAGAUCGAAGAGAUGAAGGAGCGCUUCCGUCUCGCUGAGGAAGACACCCGUGCCACCAUCGACGCUCUCACUAUCUCGCAACGUCAACUUCAGGAGCAGAAUGAGCGUCUUGCUGAUGACUUGAAGCGCCGCAACCAGGACGCUCUACAGGCUAUUCAAGAAAUGAAGCUCAAGCGCGUUGAAGUCAAGACCCAAGGCGCCGGCGACCUCCACCGCGUCGUUAGCGGUAAGGUCUUCAAGACUAGCGAGAAGGUCAAGAUUGGAAAGAAGGGCAAGAAGAAGGUCUCUAAGCGCCAAUGGGAUUCCGGCUUCGGCGUUGAUGAGAAUGUCGAGGACGAGGAGCUCAACGGAGAGGAGCCGCUCGCUGCAUAG